AUGCCUCUUUCCAGCAAAAAGAACCAGGCGCUCGCAGCUGAGCAGCAACACCUCGCAGCUUCCGGCGCUGCAGGCCCCGGCCCCACCUACGGCUCCGGCCCCGGGCACGCAAACGCCUCAAACGCCGCAAACGCCAACCUGCCCGGUCCGGCGCCCUUCACAGCCGGGCCGCACCGCCACGACGUCCUCAACAAGCUGGAUCCCACCGUCGACAGCGGCACGGGCGGGAUGCAGGUCCUCACCGGUGCUCACCACAACACAGGAAUGGCCGGCGGAGUUCCAGCCCAAGGCGCCAUGGGCGGCAACAACCCCUACGGCGGCAAUGCCGUCGAUCCGACGCUGCCCAACGCCGGCAACUACUACACCAUGGGCACAAACGUCGUUCCGGGCAACAACACCGUGCCUCGAAACGCUCCCGAGGGCACGUAUGGCCCUCACACCUCUCGCCUGGCCAAUGCUGCUGAUCCGCGAGUCGACUCUGACGCAGACCACCGCCGAAGAGUAGGACUCGGCACCGGAGCUGGCUCAGGAGCUGCGGCUAGAGGCGGCGCUGGAGUUGGUGCCGGAGGAGCCAUGGGAACUGGAGGAAAUGCCAAACCCAUCUUUCCCCCUGGAGUGGGAGGACCAGCACCGACGACAGCAGGACCUCAUCGACAUGACAUUUUGAACAAGUUGGACCCGAGUGUGGAUAGUCGAUCUGCCACUACGGUUGAUGCUACUGGCCGCAAAGUCAUCCCCUAA